AUGGACGUCGACGUCAAAUAUGUUGACUUUGUAGUGUAUCGUAUUCAAGAUACAUGUAUUUUAAUAUAUCACUAUCUAUCUCACUUACUCAAUCUAUUUGCCUAUCUAUCAAUCUCUAUCUAUUUACCUAUAUUAAUCACUCACUCUAUCCAUCUAUCUAUCUAUCUAUCAAUCUCAAUCACUCUCUCCAUCUAUCUACCUAUCAAUCUCAAUUAUUCACUCACUCUAUCUACCUAUCUCAAUCACUCACUCUAUUCAUCUAUCUAUCUAUCUAUCUAUCUAUCUAUCUAUCUAUCUAUCUCAAUCACUCACUCUCUCUAUCUAUCUACCAAUCUAUCUAAAUCACUCACUCUAUCCAUUUAUCUCAAUCACUCACUCUAUCUAUCUAUCUAUCUAUCUAUCUAUCUAUCUAUCUAUUUCAAGAACAGCAACCUCGCCACGGGGCACAACUGCCCGGGCCCGGGAAACAGCUACCCACCCUCGGGAAACAACUGCCCGGUCCCGGUGAGCAGCUGCCCAGUCGUUGGGGACAGCUACCCGGCCCCGGGGAAAAACUGCCCGGUCCAAGGGAACAGCUGCCCGGUCCAAGAGAAUAGCUGCCCGGUCCUGGUGAGCGGGUGCUCGAAACCAUACCCCGUCAUUCCACUAAAGAGGUGGGAUCGGUAA